UUUUACUAUUAUCGUAAUGGCGGAGCACACGGAGGCAGAAGGCAUUGGCCUGGCCGCUAACAGCAUGACCCAGCAGCCAGCACUGCGUUUCCCUGCCACUGCACCUCCAUCUGCCAGCACCUCCACCCGCAGGCAGCCUUUACUGAGCACCCCUGUGCCUCCCUUUGCUAUGAUGAGGGGUCCUCCACCCGCUGCCCGCCCGCCCUUCGGACGGAUCCCCUUUGACCCCAGUGUGCCCCCUCCAAUGGGUGCCCCACCUUUACAGAGACCCCCAUUUAUGCCUCCGCCCGGAGGAUCCAUGCCACCUCCACCUGGCAUGAUUUUUCCUCCAGGAAUACAACCUACAGCCUCUCCUGCUCCUUCUCCUACUCCUCCUUCUCUGCCCUCUACAGAAGAGAUCUGGGUGGAGAAUAAGAGUCCAGAUGGAAAGGUGUAUUAUUACAAUGCACGUACAAGGGAGUCGUCCUGGACGAAGCCUGAAGGUGUGAAAGUGAUCCAGCAGGCUGAGUUGGGUCCAAUGAUGCUGAGCCAGGCAGCGGCGGCGGCAGCAGCAGCCAGUGGAGCUUCCACCGGGCCCGGUCCUUCCAUCAGCCUCCCAGCUUCAGUCACUACAGCCACACUCACCUCCCAGAGCCCCUCCACAUCCAUGAGCUCCAUUUCCUCUCCCAGCAUCACAGCAGUCUCACCUCUCCUCCCAACACCUGUAUCAGCCCCUGACAUAGUGGAGAUGCCGUCAGUUGUAACCACAACCCCCAGUCCUAUGGCAACCCCAAUUGCAGCUGUUAAUCCGCCAACGGUUACGGUCUCCAUGACUGCAGGACCUCCACCUCUGCCGGUGGCAUUGUCUCAUACUGUGCCACAGCCCACUGCUCCAAUGCAAGGGUUCCCUCCUGUCAUGGUACCACCCUUCAGAGUGCCCCUGCCUGCCAUGCCCAUUCCCCUGCCCGGUGUAGCAAUGAUGCAGAUAGUCAGCUGUCCCUAUGUAAAGACUAUCUCUCCUACCAAAAACGGUAUGCUUCAUGGCAUGGCACCACCUUUAGUACCCAUGAUGCCCCAUCAAAUGGCGAUGGCCGGGCCUUCAGGACUGUCUGGAGCUCUGAGUACAUCCGAGUGGUCUGAGUUCAAAACCCAAGAGGGAAAGUCCUAUUACUACAAUAAACACACACAGGAGACCACCUGGGACAAACCAGAAGAGAUCAAAGAGACAGAAAAAGAGAGUGAGAAGAUCAAGGAUGCAGCUGUUGACAUGAUUGAUGCUGAAAUCAUGGACAUGGAAGAUGAAAGCCCAAAAAUCCACCCACCAAAAGAGCAGAAAGAGGAGCUGAAAGAUGAAGAGAUGACAGAGGAACAGAAGGCAGCGAAAAAAGCAAAGCCUGUAGCAACCACGCCUAUUCCUGGCACGCCAUGGUGUGUGGUGUGGACGGGCGACGAGCGGGUGUUCUUUUAUAACCCCACCACACGUCUGUCCAUGUGGGAGCGACCAGAGGAGCUGGUGGGGCGGGUUGACGUAGAUAAAGCGAUUCAGGAACCUCUGCACAAAAGAGGCCUGGACAACAGCCACAAAAUGGUGUUGGCUAAAGAGGAACAGGAGUUCGCUAUUGCAGAUGACAUACCUGAUGAUGAACCCAGUAAGGCCAAGAAACGAAAGAUAGAGGAGAAGAAAGAGGUCGACUCGGAAAGGGAGGCAGCCAUGGAGGCUGAGCUGAAGGCAGCGCGCGAGAGAGCCGUGGUACCUCAGGAAGCUCGGAUGAGUCAAUUUAAAGACAUGCUGCUCGAGCGAGGGGUUUCUGCAUUCUCUACCUGGGAUAAGGAGCUUCAUAAGAUUGUAUUCGAUCCACGUUAUCUGCUGCUCAAUCCUAAAGAGAGGAAACAGGUGUUUGAUCAGUAUGUGAAGACACGUGCUGAGGAGGAGAGGAAAGAGAAAAAGAAUAAAAUCAUGCAGGUCAAAGAUGACUUCAGGAAAAUGAUGGAGGAGGCUAAACUUGGUGUCAGAACAACUUUCAGUGAGUUUGCUGCCAAACAUGCCAGGGAUUCACGUUUUAAGGCCGUUGAAAAGAUGAAAGACAGAGAAGCCAUUUUCAUCGAAUUUAUGACCGCCUUCAGAAAGAAAGAGAAAGAGAACUCAAAGAACCGUGGGGAGAAGGUUAAGCAAGACUUUUUUGAGCUCCUGUCAGAUUACCAUGUGGAUGGUCAGCAGCGCUGGAGCAAAGUGAAGGAAAAGAUGGAGACUGACCCUCGUUAUAAGGCUGUGGAAACCUCUGCAGCUCGAGAGGAACUCUUCAAGAACUAUGUGGAGCGUCUGGCCAAGAAUCCAAACUCUGAGAAAGAGAAAGAGCUAGAGAAACAGGCCCGGAUAGAGGCCAGUCUGAGGGAAAGAGAGCGGAUGGUGCAGAGAUUCCGCUCGGAGCAAACCAAAGAGAUUGACCGUGAGAGAGAGCAGCACAAAAGGGAGGAGGCCGUGCAGCAUUUUAAAGCACUCAUGUCUGAUAUGGUAAAGACGCCUGAUGCCGCCUGGUCAGACACGCGUCGUAGCCUGAGGAAGGAUCAUCGCUGGGAGUCAUCCUCAUUGCUGGAGAGGGAUGAGAAAGAGAGGCUCUUCAAUGAACACAUUGAGGCUCUUGCAAAGAAGAAAAAGGAGCAUUUUCGCCAACUUCUGGACGAAACGACCUCGAUCACUUUGAUGACGUCAUGGAAGGAAGUGAAGAAACUCAUUAAAGAAGAUCCGAGAUGCAUCAAGUUUUCAAGCAGUGACAGAAAAAGACAGAGGGAGUUUAGUGAUUACGUUAAAGACAAGUACAUCACGGCCAAAGCAGACUUCAGAACUCUCCUGAAAGAGACCAAGUUCAUCACCUACAAAUCACACAAGUUGAUGCAGGAGUCAGAGCAGCACUUGUCGGACAUUGAGAAGAUCUUGGAAAAGGAUAAAAGGUAUCUGGUUCUGGACUGUAUGUCAGAAGAGAGGCACAAACUUCUUAUGGGAUAUGUGGAGGAGCUAGACCGCAGGGGACCACCUCCUCCUCCCACUGCCUUUGAACCUGCUCGACGCUCCACUAAAUGAUAUCACACACACCUCCCAGAUAUUGUCCCACACUACCACCGUUCACAUUAUAGACUCUCAGAAACCUAAAGAUAAAUCACUCCAGUCCAAAGGUUCUACUUGUCAAACCUUUGAAAGUGAAUGGUACAUACCUACUUGCCCCCUCAUGCCAUAAAGAAGAUCAUGGGAUAAUGACCAAUCAAAUCAGCUGAGUAUAAGACACAGAAUACGUAUUUGGACCAACUGGAAUUUAUUUUUUUUUAAUGAUGCAUUUCAAUGUCAUCUCCAUAACGAUCCACAGUAUUUUUAUGUCCUUAUCCAACUCGUUAUCUGUCCAGUCUGAAGGGAUAAAUCCACAUUAGAUGCUAAAUGGUGAUUGUAGAGAAUCGGUCUCGUGUUUGGGUAACUGUCCUGAACGUCUUCUGGAGGUAUCGCCACCUGGUGCCUGUCGACCCUUUUUUUUCCUCCCGCCACGGUCUCAAAUCACAAACCUCAAUUCAGUUUCACAUUUCACACUUUUGCUCCAAACUGUUUAGAAACUGUGAUUUGAUGAAAUUGGGAGAACCUCCCGGUUUUGUGAACAUUUUUUGGUGACUUAAGUCACCCACAGGGAUAUUCAAGAAUUAUGAAAGCAUCUCUGUGUAUGUCAUUUUAACUGACUGUUGGGUUAACAUGAAAGAUGUUUCUAGGUGAUGAAUAUGUAUGCGUAAUAUGUAUUCAUUAGCUUGUUUACAAUGUGUUAUGACUGACCGUAUGAGCACUGGCAGUUGGCCAUGUCAACUGGUCUUACGGUUUAAUUUAAUCGUUCAGAUGUUUCUUAAAAAGAUAUUGUUUUUUGGAUUUGCUUUAUGUACAGCUGAAGUUGAAUAAAAGCAACCCAUUUUUUUUUACUUA